AUUAUGUGUGCUGCUGUAAGAAUAUCAAUAGCCGCGGUGUCCUUGGCCCAAGGUGAGGCCAACACAGGUUUUGAUGGGGUUUUAUAAUAAGCCAAUCUCUUGAGCCGUUUUCAUCACACCCUCAUCUUCACCUCAACAACAGGUGCCAAAUCUGAAACUACACCUCUAUUGUCUUCAUAUUCUUAUUGUUGCUCCAAAAAAUAAGCUAAAAAUAGCUGCAUUACUGAACUGGAAAGAUUAUUUCUGGAAAGCUGUGGGUCAAAUACAUGAACUAACACCACAAAUUAAGUCAAUAUUGGAUAGUUAGUCUAUUCUUCAGGCCUAAAAGCAGAGAAGAUGGCAUUCCUCCUGCAGCAGAUGUUGGGGGACAAACUGAAGAACAUGACAGGAGGAAGCGACGCUGCAGACGAGACCGCGGCAGGAAAAGAGACGCCGGAGUCUAAAGGAAUGAGCAGGGAAGAGUUCGAGGAGUAUCAGAAACAGCUCAUCGAGGAGAAGAUCGCCAGAGACAAGGAGUUUGCCACGAAAAAAGCCGAGAGAGCAAACUUACGAGUGCUUCUACGUGACAAAUACAGACUACCACAGAGCGCACAAGACGAUGCCACCGUCCAGAUGGCCGGAGAUGACGUGGACAUUCCCGAGGAGCUGGCGAAGAUGGUGGACGAAGACGAGGAGGAGGAAGAGAUAAACGAUUCUUUUCUGGGAAAACUCCAAAACAUGGACGUGGACUUUGAUUCAAUCAAGGCUAAAGCUCAGAGCACGAUGACGGAGGUCAAACAGGCGGCGGAAGACAAAUGUGUCAUGAUGUGAUUGUGCAGUUAAACGUACAGUAAACCGCCCCUCAUCAACAUGUACAGAUUUGGAAGAAUUUUUACUUU